GAGACCACGCCCCCAUGGGCAGGCCUUAUGAAGGCGGGACUUCCUGUCGUGGGCAGCCACUCCACAUCCGGAAGACUUGAGCCGCGUCCAAGGUAGCUGGCUGCUGAGAGAGAAGAUCGCCCUACCACCUUCCGAGAUAUAAUCAGAAGAUGGCUGAUCCGUGGCAGGAAUGCAUGGAUUAUGCAGUAACCCUAGCAAGACAAGCUGGAGAGGUGAUCUGUGAAGCUCUAAAAUGUGAAAUGAAUGUUAUGAUUAAAAGUUCUCCGGCUGAUUUGGUAACUGCUACAGACCAAAAAGUUGAAAAAAUGCUUAUCUCUUCCAUAAAGGAAAAGUAUCCAUCUCACAGUUUCAUUGGUGAGGAAUCUGUGGCAGCUGGGGAAAAAAGUAUCUUGACUGAUAACCCCACAUGGAUCAUUGACCCUAUUGAUGGAACAACUAACUUUGUACAUAGAUUUCCUUUUGUAGCUGUUUCGAUUGGCUUUGUUGUAAAUAAAAAGAUGGAAUUUGGAGUUGUGUACAGUUGUGUAGAAGAUAAGAUGUAUACUGGCAGGAAAGGAAAAGGUGCCUUUUGUAAUGGCCAAAAACUGCAGGUUUCAAAACAAGAAGAUAUUACCAAAUCACUCUUGGUGACUGAGUUGGGCUCUUCCAGAACACCAGAGACUGUACGAAUUAUUCUUUCUAACAUGGAAAAGCUUUUUUCCAUUCCCAUUCAUGGAAUCCGGAGCGUUGGAACGGCAGCUAUUAAUAUGUGCCUUGUGGCAACUGGAGGAGCAGAUGCAUAUUAUGAAAUGGGUAUUCACUGCUGGGAUAUGGCAGGAGCUGGCAUCAUUGUUAGUGAAGCUGGUGGAGUGCUAAUGGAUGUAACAGGUGGACCAUUUGAUUUGAUGUCACGAAGAAUAAUUGCUGCAAAUAGUAAAGCAUUAGCAGAAAGGAUAGCCAAAGAAAUUCAGAUAAUACCUUUACAAAGAGAUGAUGAAGAUUGAUUACAAUAGCCUUGUAUUCAGUCACAAUUGCUUUCUGCAGAUUUGCUGAUGCACUGAUGGAUAUCUGUUUCGGAUAUAGGAGGAUAUGAUUGAUUAAAUUGUCUUUGAUGUCCUGAUUUAAAAAUGGAAACUUUUUCCAUAGAAUAAGUAUGCAAAAAUAGAUGUAAUAUUUGUUUCAUUGUUUUGAACAAUUUUGCCUGUAAGAAUAUACUUUGGGAAAAAUAAACAGGAUUUUAGUUCAUGAACUAUCAAUUAAAAUUGUCGAUUAGUAGUUUGUUUCUAACUAUGAUCCUCUUGUUACUUAGACUGACCUCAAACUUGCAAUCCUCCUGCCUCACCUUUCUUAGUCACUGGGAUUACAGGUGUGUGCCAUCAUGCCUAAUUUGAAUUACUAUUUGUAUAUAUAAACACUCAAUUUAAAAGUUACCUUUUUGGAAAAAAUUCUGUUUGUUUCAAAAGCCAUACCUUAAGAAUAUAACAACUACUUAGAUUAGGUUUUGUUUCUUUCUUGGCAGAAAACCUUGUUUGUUUUAUCAUCACUGUACCUGUAGUACUUAGCAAAGUACCGGUCAAAUAUUAGCAUAUCCAAAAUAAACAUUGUAUAAAGUAUAUUUAACUUUUUUGGUUGGUACUGGGGAAUUAAUCCAGGGAUGUUUUACCUCUGAGCUUUAUACCCUGUCCUUUUUACUUUUUAUUUUGAGAUGGGGUCUCAUUAUGUUGGUGAGGGUCUUACUAAGAUGCUGAGGCUGGCCUCAAAUUUGUGAUCAUCCUGCCUUAGCCUCCCAAGUCACAGGAAUUUACAGUAGUGCUCCACCAUGGCCAGCAAGAAUGAAUGUUUUCAAGUAGCAUUUCCUUGUUAUAAUAAGAUACAUAAGUAAUGAGCUCAUGUUUAUUUUUGCUUCAAGUUGGAGUAAAAAUUAUUAUCCUGUUUUAUAUUUCGUAUUACUACAUCAUUUCAUUUUGCUAUACCGUCAGAUAGUGUUGCUUAUUGUGGGCAUUUCUGCAACUAAUGUAUUUUCCAAAGCACAUGUUAUAUCAUAUGCUUGGAUUCCCUGUAUGUAUUCUCUGUGAAAGAGACAAGAAACUUUAGAAAGCUCUCAUCAGGAUUCCAAGUAGAUAUAGUAUAACAUUUUACUAUAUUUAAUAUUCUUAUAAAGAUGUAGACACCGACUUGAUUGUGCCAACAAAUACACUGUUGAUACUUAAUUAUUUGAUUCCUUCCCAAACUAUAUUUAAUUUCAUUGCUUCUAAAUAUUUAAUAGCCUUUAGCCUAUCAAACUCAACAAGAAAAUUAUAUUGGUUCAUAAACAUAUUUAAAGGAUUAAUUUAUUGUUUAGUCUUUUCCCUUGGCAUUUAACAGAUUGUUAUGUUUUGUUACAGGUGCAUAUGAACCUUGUAAUUGAUAAAAUGAAAAGUGCUUGUAUACAAUUUUCAAGAUAGGGUCUAGUCUCAUUGUUGGGUACAUAUGAUACAUUAAAUCUAUAUGCUACUAACAUUUGGGUAUUAUAAUUACUGUAUUUGUACUGUUAGUUACAUGCACUUAAAACAUCUCAUACUAUGUAAUUCUGAGACAGGUUGUUUUUUCAAUUAAGUUUAUUUUAAUUAAAAUGACUUAUGAAUAAAACUUUAAAGAUGUAGCUGAUAUUAACAUUAUUAAAGUUUAUAGUUUAAACUAAUUUUAGGAGUUCUGUGGUAAAUUACAAUUAUUUGAAAUUUGCCAUUAUGAUUGAAUGUAUACUCUUAGUGACUAGACGUUUUUAGGUAUUGAAAAUGGAUUGUUUGCAAGUGGAUUAUCCAAUAAUAAUUCGAAGAUGUU